GCGAGACGAGAGACAGGUGAUGCGGGCUCUGCAUGCAUCGCUUCUUCGACAGGGGGAGCACCGUUACGGAACGAGCGGUCGAACAGCACGAGGUGAGAGAUACUUCUGCUCAUAUCUAAGCAGAAAAGGGACCAUGAAAGCAGCAGAGCGAAGAUCUGAGAAUAAGUAUUGUCCUGCGGAUAUGUCAGGGAUCCUUCCACUCUAAAAGCGUUUUCUUCUGACCGACGUUGAAUGACAAGGCGGGAUGGCAGGUGGACGUCGAGGACUUGUGGCCCCGCAAAACACUUUUCUCGAGAACAUCGUCCGAAGGUCCAAUGUUUGGACAUUAUCACAUAGACAGACAGAUACCAACUUUGUUCUGGGCAAUGCCCAGAUUGUGGACUGGCCCAUUGUUUACAGCAACGAUGGCUUCUGCAAGCUCUCUGGUUACCACCGUGCUGAGGUCAUGCAGAAGAGUAGCACAUGCAGUUUCAUGUAUGGCGAGCUCACGGACAAGGAGACGGGGGAGAAAGUCCGACUGACCUUUGAGAAUUAUGAGAUGAAUUCAUUUGAAAUUCUCAUGUAUAAAAAGAAUCGGAUGCCAGUUUGGUUCUUUGUUAAGAUCGCUCCUAUUAGGAAUGAGCAGGACAAGGUGGUGCUGUUUCUGUGCACCUUCAGUGACAUAACUGCGUUCAAGCAGCCAAUAGAGGAUGACUCUGUGAAAGGAUGGGGUAAAUUCGCUCGGCUCACCCGGGCUUUGACGAGCAGCCGGGGAGUGUUGCAGCAGCUGGCUCCCACCGUCCACAAAGGAGAAAACGUCCACAAGCACUCUCGUCUGGCUGAGGUUCUCCAGCUGGGCUCAGACAUUCUCCCGCAAUACAAGCAGGAAACACCUAAAACCCCUCCACACAUCAUCCUGCACUACUGCACCUUCAAGACCACCUGGGAUUGGGUCAUCCUCAUCCUCACCUUCUACACAGCCAUCAUGGUUCCCUACAAUGUUUCAUUUAAGACCAAGCAGAACAACGUCACCUGGCUGGUAGUGGACAGCAUUGUGGAUGUCAUCUUUCUGGUGGACAUUGUUCUCAACUUCCAUACCACAUUUGUGGGGCCAGCUGGAGAGGUGAUCUCGGACCCCAAGCUGAUCCGAAUGAAUUAUGUCAAGACAUGGUUCGUCAUUGACCUGCUCUCCUGCCUGCCCUACGACGUCAUCAAUGCCUUCGAGAACGUUGACGAGGGCAUCAGCAGUCUCUUCAGUUCCCUCAAAGUGGUCCGUCUCCUCCGGUUGGGCCGGGUGGCUCGUAAACUGGACCACUAUAUUGAAUACGGGGCAGCUGUCCUGGUCCUGCUGGUGUGCGUCUUUGGCCUGGCAGCCCACUGGCUGGCCUGCAUUUGGUACAGCAUCGGCGACUAUGAAGUCAUCGACGAGAAUACCAACAGCGUGAGGAUGGACAGCUGGCUCUACAUAUUGAGUGAAUCGGUGGGGACACCAUACCGCUUCAACGCCAGCGGCAACGGAAGGUGGGAGGGCGGGCCUAGCAAGGACUCGGUCUACAUCACUUCUCUUUACUUCACCAUGACCAGCCUGACCAGUAUCGGCUUCGGCAACAUUGCCCCCACAACUGACGGAGAAAAGCUCUUCGCCGUGGCCAUGAUGAUGAUCGGAUCACUUCUGUAUGCCACUAUCUUUGGUAAUGUGACCACCAUCUUCCAGCAGAUGUACGCCAACACAAACCGCUACCAUGAGAUGCUAAACAGCGUCCGCGACUUCCUCAAGCUCUACCAGGUGCCAAAGGGUCUUAGUGAACGUGUCAUGGACUAUAUAGUCUCAACAUGGUCCAUGUCCAGAGGCAUCGACACUGACAAGGUGUUGCAGAUCUGCCCCAAAGACAUGCGGGCAGACAUUUGUGUCCACCUCAACAGAAAGGUGUUCAAAGAGCACCCGGCCUUCCGACUGGCCAGCGAUGGCUGCCUGCGGGCCCUGGCAAUGGAGUUCCAGACCACACACAGUGCCCCCGGAGACCUCAUCUACCACGCAGGUGAAAGUGUAGACAGCCUCUGCUUUGUGGUGUCUGGGUCUUUAGAGGUCAUCCAGGACGAUGAAGUUGUCGCCAUUUUAGGAAAGGGGGAUGUGUUUGGUGACGUUUUCUGGAAGGAGGUGACACUAGCUCAGGCUUGUGCCAAUGUCCGGGCCUUGACCUAUUGUGAUCUCCACGUCAUCAAGCGUGAUGCCCUGCAGAAAGUCCUGGAGUUCUACACAGCAUUCUCCAACCACUUCUCCCGCAACCUGCUGCUCACCUAUAACCUCAGGAAAAGAAUUGUGUUUCGGAAGAUCAGCGAUGUGAAACGAGAAGAAGAGGAGAUGCUUAAGAGGAAGAAUGAGGCCCCUUUGAAUCUCCCUCCAGACCACCCAGUCCGUCGCCUCUUCCAGCGCUUCCGGCAGCAGAGGGAGGCACGCCUGGCAGCGGAACGAGCGUGUCAGGGGGAUUCACCGGACGUGGAAAGAGGCAUUGUCCACCUGGAACAAACCAAGGUCCGCGAGGUCCUUGCUUCCACAAGCAUCAUCACUGUUACCGAGAGCCCUGCUACUCCCAAAGCCUUGUCUGCUUCAUCCUCCAGGACCUCUAGUCGAGUCAUACUUCAUGCCCCCGCCGUCCAAAACGGCAAUCUCAUAGGCUGCAAGUCAGCAGAGGCUCCACCCAAGACAUCAAAAGGCUGGGGUCGUUUCAAGGAGUCCGUUGUGAAGGCAGAGUCGUGGAGCAGUGUUUCUAAGGCAGAGUCCAUGGAGACCUUGCCGGAGAGGACUAAGUCUCAUGAUGAGAAUUCUCUCAAGAAGACGGACUCUUGCGACAGCGGUAUUACUAAGAGCGACCUGCGCUUGGAUAACAUGGGAGAAGCAAGAACUCCGCAAGAACGGAGCCCUGUACAGUCAGAAGGGAAGCUUUAUGUCUGUCCAAUGCCUAAACAGACGAUGCAUGCUUCUUUUCUGGAGCUUAAGCAAGAACUUAGGGGAGACAUUAAGUCUCUUUAUGACCGCAUGGCAGUGCUGGAAGCCCAGCUGACUGAGAUGCUUCAACUGCUCAAAUCCAACAAGGCCACAGGUUCGAGAAAGGCCUCUCGCUCAUCUAGUUUCUAUGAGAUGUCACGAGCAGCAUCCCCGGAGUCAGAUAAAGAUCAGGAUGACAGCUUUUCAAAAUCUUGAUGUUCUGCAAGGUUUGUCAGUCAAUGGGAUGUAUAGUGUAAAUGCAUCCAGGAGGUCCACUGGGAAAAUAUGGAAAUAUCUUGGAAGUGUUAUGAAUUGAUUUUACGGGCUUCGUUGCCCUUGUUUUUUGGGUGGGGGCAUAUUAAUUGAUCUACAUUUAUAUAAUCUCUGCGCCCUGAGGCAUAUACAUACUGUGCGCAUUCCAUGGGUUAAAAAAUAGCAAAAUGAAUGCAUGUUUUAAAAAAAAUUUGACCUGCUUUACUUUAGAAAGGGAAAAAAGUCAUAUUUUUCAUGGUAAAAUGCUGCAAUGGCACCAGCAGUGUUGCAAUGUUGCAUACCCACAACAGAUGUUUUAAUAAUUCAAAUUAGCAAUAAUAUUUGAUUGCAUCAAGCUUUUCACCAGGUGUCAAAUCUCUUUGUGUUGCAGGAUUGUGAUGAUGUGGUCAUGAUAAUAUGAGUGAAUUUAAGCAACAGAGAAGAUGCGCAUUUCAAAAAUGGCAUUGUUCAUAAAUUAUUUAGCUUUCCUGAUGAUUUAAUCAAAGGUUCAUGCAUUUACUUGUUUUGUAAAUGAGGACAGAUUGUUAUGUUGUAUAUCUAUUCGGUAGUUGGUAAAUGAAUGUGAGCACAGCUGCAGAAUACAUGAAAGCAAACCAUGUGUGAUAUGGGAAGCUUGGUAUCUCUAUAUGUUUGGCCAUUGCAACUGUACGUUGCAAAAUAUACACCAAAAACACACGUUGGAGACAUUUUAAAGUGCACCUUUUCACCCCAUCCAAGUGUUAUGUUCUUUGGUUUUUUAAAGCAACACAAAACUACCUUGAAUGCACUGUGGCUUGUUAGUUGCACCAUUGCGCGCUCCUAGUGGUAUUCAAAUGAAGGGGGAAACCAUGACUGGAAACAUUCAAUGUAUGGUAGAAACCACUAUUUAUUUUUUUACCAGAUUUUGUCUAUUUCUAAUAAACAUCCACUUUGAAUUGUCCAAGGUGAACUCAUCAUUAAUAUAUCUUGCCCAUGACACCUUAAUGUGCAUUUUGUUUCAUCAGUGCUGAUGUAAUAUGCAAACUAUUGCCAUUUACUGUAUAUUGUGUCUGUUAAAUGAGUAAAAUACGAUACUUGUAUGUGGCAUUUAUGGAUAAUGCACAAGGAAAUUCUCUGUUGCACUAUGGUAAUUUAUAGCGACAAUGUUUUCCAUGCAUGACAACUGAAGCUGAAUUUUCCUUCAUCAAUAAUAAUUACAUUGAAGUUGAAUCAGUUUUUCCCCAAUGCGGAGUUUCUCAUCUGUCAUUUUAUUAAAUUAACAACUUUACCUAUGUUGCUGUCUUGAGUACGCUCCUUACGUAUUCAGGCAAUAAGUAAAAAAAUUGAAUUGGUAAAGAAAUGUUUGGAUACAUUAUUUUAUUUGAAGCCUUGUGUGCAUGAUUGCACAUUGUUUGCAUUUGACCUUAAAACUGUAAGAAUAUCAUGUAUACACUGUUUCAGGAUUUCAGAUUUACUCAGAUACUAAUAAUGAAUAGUAAUUUACCAGUAAUGUACAUGUUAUUGUAUUCACAGCUUGUUGGCAAUGAUGAAUGUCUUGGCAAGAACAAAGAUGAGUAUUUGUGAAAUAUUCAUAAUAAAGGCUUUUGUACUUUGAAUA